UAAUCAAGUUGGUCCUUGUGGGAGAGAUGAACACGUGGCCCAUGGAUGAAGGGCGAGGAUGUUUCGUUGAGUUGGUAAGUAUGAGGAUGACUAAUAAGGACACCAUAAAUAGCCCACCAUUGCAAACUUUUCUUCCUUCCUCACCAAACCAAACCAAACCAAACAAAACAAAAACAAAACCAAAUUGUGUUUCCCUCCUUCCAUAACUCAUGUUAACAUGUCCGCUCCUAUUCCUAACGAUCACUGGCUCCAUUUCUAUCAACAAACCCAAUUCUCCGGCGGCGGUCAAGAGCUGCUCCCCUCUUCUGUUUCCGAGGCUACAACCGUCACAACCACCACCGUGGCGCCGGCCCAGUUGAGCCCAGAGGGCGGAGUGUCGAAGCCCGUCAGGCGGCGUUACCGGGCCUCGAGGCGAACUCCCACGACUCUUCUUAACACGGACACCACCAACUUCCGGGCGAUGGUGCAACAGUUCACCGGCGCUCCUUCUGCGCCUGAUCUGUUUGGGCCGACACGUCCACUCCCCGUCAACCCUAAUGGGCUGAUGUUGGCCCCUUCUCACUCUCUUCAGCAGCAGCAACAGCAGCUUUAUCAGCAGCAGUUCUACCCAACAGCGUACACAGAAGGAGCAGAGAACGGUUUGUUUGAGAGAGUGAGCAACGCAACGGGAUCAACAGCGACAAAUGAUGGAGGUGGGGUUUUGAUGGAGCACGCAAGGCUUUUCUUGCCAACUUCCUCUUCUUGAUUCUUCCCACUCAGACUGAGAGCGACAUAUAUGCAAAGCAGAACAGAACUUGGAUAAUUAGGUGCUAACUUGUUGACAAAACCUCCUAUCUGCGUCAAUGUGAAAUGGAAUUUUACGUUUCUUUCUCUGCUGUAGGCACCACAAAUCCAUCUAUCUUUUUUUUUUCUUUUUUUAUUUUAUUAUUUCGAUGAUGAAGAUGAUCGUGCUGUGCUUCUAUAUCUCCUUCUGGGUGUUGCCCCAGGCUUUUAUUUUUAUUUUUUGUUUAAAUCUCUGUAUUUGGUUUUUUCUUUUUUUAUGUAUUUUUAGUUAUUUGGGAGCCUUCUCUUUGGGGGAGUCGUAGUUCCAGAAUAUUUAAUUUAGUUGUUUUGGAUAUGGUCAUUUGGUCACAGCCUGCCAACCAAUACUCUUUUACGUAUGUUGACUUGCUUCCUA